AGGUCAGAGGGGUAACGGGGCCGCUGGACGCCGGGUAGCUUGUCAAAUGAAAUCCUCGCAGUUGUUAAGUAAUUUCUCUCACGCUGGUGAUCUUUUAUCGCAGAGGACGAAGCUCGACGGACAGAAACACCGGCAGACAUGUCGUACUGCAGGCAAGAGGGUAAAGAUCGCAUCAUCUUUGUGACCAAGGAAGACCAUGAGACACCCAGCAACGCUGAGCUGAUUGCAGAUGACCCCAAUGAUCCGUAUGAGGAGCAAGGCCUGAUCCUGCCAAAUGGAGACAUCAACUGGAACUGCCCGUGUCUGGGUGGCAUGGCCAGCGGACCGUGUGGCUCUCAGUUCAAAGAGGCCUUUUCUUGCUUCCACUACAGUAAGGAAGAGGUGAAGGGCUCCGAGUGCAUCGACUACUUCCGCAACAUGCAAGAGUGCAUGCAGAAGUACCCUGAGCUCUAUCCUCAGGAGGAAGAUAAAGAAAGCUCCACCCAAGCAGAGUCCGACACUGGUUCUGCCUCUGCUGCCCCGACUGAGGGCUCUGCCUUAUCCCCCGAAACUGACGCUACCCCAUCCACUUCAAAUCUCCCUUCUGACACCGUGUCACCUACAGACAGCCAGACUGUCAGCUAAGGUCAAUCAGUCAUCCACAGGCUCUUGUUCUUUGUGUGCAAGCACUGCCCAGCAUAAAUGACUCUCCACGAGGAGCUCUGAUUGGUUUCUUCUCCUGUUUAAGCCUACAGGGAGGGCUUAGACUGACAGAGCUCUGACACUCACAGGCAGUAUUUACGAAGGCCAUCAGAGGAGGACUUGGUGGACUUUGUGAAUGCAGAAAAACGUAGCAUAUGUACAAAAGUAUAGGCUGCUUUCUUUGCUACUCACUCAGAAAUCAUUGGAUGAUAUGAUUUAAUGACAGCGGGCCAAGCUAUUUGCUGCAGGGACAUUAGCUCAAAGACUCACUUUAUAUGCAAUAGGUAAAUUUAAUUUGCUGCGUGUUCUCAUGUCAAUCAGAAGAGUUGUUCAUAAUUUUUCUUUUCCUGUUAAUGACGAUUGGUUAAGGUUAUUACUUAGCACUUAGCAUCACUAAUUGUUCAAUUUGACAGAAAUCUGAGCAGUAAUCAAUAUAUAGUUUUGAUGUUCAGCUUUUCUUAGGAAUUCACCUCAACUCAAGGCAGUUUUCACAGUUUAACAGUUGAAUCCCUUUUGCUUUCCACCUCUUGAGAGACCAAAAACACAGGUAAUCU